CAGCGCCCGCUCGGUCAUUCCUUGUAUCGUUUCUAUUUCCUAAUUUAAUUAGUUAGAUUACCCCUAUUUCUCUUGUAUUUAGUGCAGUAUCGCUGCUAGAUUCAAUGAAUCAGACCUUCACAUUCCUCUGGCGGUGGACCAAAUAUUACGUACGCCACGAAGUCCGACAGUUAUGAGCCCGGCACGCAUAUAGGACUGCUUCACUGCUUCGUUUGACUAUAUUGAAGCUAUUCAGGCCUGCCUUCUCCGAGAAUACUGCACCGUGAGCGACGAAUCGAGAGUACCUACCCCUGAUACCCCUGAAUCGAGAAUCGACCCAGAAAACGAUCCCGAAGCAGUUAUUGUACAACAACAUGGAUGCCAGCGCUGCAACGAAGGUCUCAAUCAUCUUGAAGUCUCGAGAUGAUUGGCGCGCUUGGUAUGAUAAUAUACAAAGCUUAGCGAAGGCGCGAGAUGUAUGGGAAUACAUCAACCCUGAUACUAAGAAGGAGGGCUACCAGAGCUACCAAAGAAACCAGAGAUCCCAGACAUUGAAGCCUUACCAGAAUCACAAUGGAAGAUGCGCAUGCAACUCUGGACGGUGAAGUCAAAUGAAUAUGAGAAGAUCAAGCGAGGACUUGCAGUGGUCAAUGAAGCUAUUCGCGGAUCGAUAAGCACGCUGCUUAUUCACCAUAUCUAUGGGAAGGAGUCAGUGUACGAUAUCCUGAAGGCUUUAAAGGUUCAAUUUGCUCCUAGCAAGCACCAGCAGAGUCGAAUGAUACUCGCAAAGUAUGAGAAAGCAAGAAAGACCUCUAUCAAGGACUCAAAUUUAGAGAUCUGGCUUGCGACCUUUGAGGCAGCCUAUCUAGAGUGCCUAGCUGCAGAUCGACCAGAGGUGAAAGACCAGCAUGCCGUACGACAUUUUCUAGAGGCAGUUAGCAGACAUUCACCUUCCUGGGCUGAACGUCGUUUCGAUGACCUACAGCGAGAUGAGGAGAUCGAAUUACCAGAGAUCCUUGCUCAAUUUCGAGGCUAUACAGCAGAUAUUGCAGUUGUACGUCGAUCUAGGUCAGAUGCAGCAUUCGCAACACUAAAAGGACAAUCAGAUGAAGCACCAGAACCCAUAUCAAGUUCCUUACCACGACCAAAGUGUCUCUGCGGAGCAAUUCACCGAUUUCUUGAUUGCCCAUACGUUAUGACUUUAAUGCAACCAUCAAACUGGGCUCCUAAGCCAGAGAUAGAAGCACGAUUCACGAAGCUUCUAAAAGGACCACGAAAUGGAGCACAGUUCGCGCUGAAGAAGGCAAUGGAAAAGAAUUCCGUGAUGUCAAGCCAGGAUAACCAGCAGGAGCACGCAAUGGCAGUCAUUCCAACUAGCUUUUCAACAGAAUCAUCGUACGAACUCCAGAAUUGUUUUAUUCUUGACUCUGGAGCUUCAGUGCACGUAUGCAACGAUCGAUCUCGCUUCCAGGACUUCACGGAAGAAGAUCAGAGGACGCUACGUGCAGGAGACACGAUUAUGAGGAUAGAGGGCAGAGGCAACGUACGAAUUACGCCUAAUAGCAAGAAAGGGAUUAGUAUCUUGCUUAGAGACGUUACUUUCGUGCCUGGAUUCCAUACUAAUAUCCUCUCUGCUCGGCGAAUGAAGAGAGCAGGGUAUAGAUGGGAUUUUGAAAAUGACCGUAUUCUCAAGGAUCAAGAGGAGAUCUGCAAUCUGCGUACAAUUCAAGACCUUUGGGUCAUUGAAUACAAACCACCAAGCAAGCAAGAAGAUGCGUACGCAAUUAAGCAAUCUAAGAAACCACUUAUCCUAGAUGGGGAUAUAGAUCUUUGGCAUCAGCGAAUGGGUCACCUAAACCAUGAAGCACUAGAACGCUUACCAGAAGCAUCAACAGGAGUCAAGAUGCUUAAUAGAGGAUCUAUGAGCUUUCAAUCCUGCGAAACAUGCAUCUUAUCAUCUGCAGAUCAGCAGAUAUCUCGACGCUCAGCAGAGCGAGAAACGGAGCCGUUUCGGAGGGUCCUUUUCGACCUGAUUCAACUGAUUGAAGCAUUCAACGGAGAUCGAUGGUGUAUUCAUCUGUACGAUGAGGCAACACAUAACCAUGUUGUAUACACUGCAGCGCGGAAGAAUGGGAUUGCAGAGGCGCUUCAGGACUUCACGAACCUUGCGAAGAACCAAUAUGGCAAGCCAGUGAAGAUAUAUCGCUCUGAUAACGAGCGUACACUGGGAGGAGGGUUCAAAGACCUCAUCUGGAAUGAAGGAAUUCGUCAUGAGACUCCUCCACGUGGUCAUCCAAUGCAGAACGGCCCUGCGGAACGUUCUGGGGGGGUGAUUAUUAGGAAGGCAAGAUCUCUAUUGGUCAAUGCCCGAUUACCACUAGAUCUUUGGCCACUAGCCUUUAAAGCAGCUGCAGUUCUGCUAAACAGAUCACCAAUUAGAGCCCUGAACUGGAAGACUCCGUACGAAGCACUGCAUGGGAAGCAACCAAACCUUGCAAAUCUGUACACCUUUGGAUGCCGCGCUUAUAUGAGGAAUCAGGACCUUAAGAGAAGUGAGAAGGUUGCUCCCAGUGCGCUUAUUGGAUAUCUUGUUGGAUACAAGGCUUCGAACAUCUGGCAGAUAUGGCUUCCAAAGCAGAAGAAGGUUAAGGAGGCUAGAGAUGUUGUGUUCGAUGAAAAUCAAUUAUAUGACCCAACAACACCAUUUCUGGAAGAUCUAAUCAAGGAAACAAGCCCUGCAACGCCUGUAGAGGUGUUAGAGACUCACAGCUUAGAAGAUCCUGUGGCAGAAGACUUAGAGAUACCUGAUCUUGAUGAGGAGGUUGAAAAUGUACGAGACACAGAGGCAAGCGGAGUGAGCGGAGCAAGCGGAGCUAGUAAGGCUGUGGAUACUAGCAAGGUCUCCACACCUCUACUUCCCAGUUCCAAAGUCGCCAUUCCGCGUGUGACCCCACAACGUUCGUUUGGAAACGGACGAGUGAAACGAGCCUGCAUCGAGUGCAGAGAGCAGAAAACAAAAUGCAACGGUCAUCAACCGUGUGGUCGUUGUACCGAUUUUGGAAUGGAAUGUGUAUACGUGGAUGGAAAGCGUGAGGCGAUGCAGAAACGGCUGCAGGAGCUGGAGAAGCAGGCUCAAGCUUACGAUCGGCUUCUCACUGAGAUCCAGCCGCGUCUCGACAGCCAUGAUAAAGAGCUCAUCAGUCGUACGCGCGCUCAGUAUUCCAGUCCAGAUUCCGAGCAUGCAAAUCCCGACCACGCGAACCACGGCUCAGCGCACGGCCAAACCCGCUCUUUUGGCAUCGAAUACAUCCAGGAGGAUUUCCACAGCGACAAAGCGUUGCAGGCGAUUGGGUUCAUGGGUGGUCCUUCGGAGAUGUCGUGGAUUAAUGAGCUGUAUCAGGUCCUCGAGGAAGACACGCCCUUCCUUGACUCCGAAGUCUCGAAUAAAUCCCAGUCAUUGACAUCCAUUUGCUACUUCCUCGACGAUGAAAAUUUGGUCUUGGAUGCGAGCAUCGAUCCCUACGGUCGUCCACCCCGAGAUAUUGCCGAUAAGUUGUUAGACUGCUACUUCUUUACCGUACAUCCAUCAUUCCCCAUUAUAGCCAAGAUCCCGUUCAUGCAGCAAUGUGAGAUGUACUAUACACGACCUGACAUUAAUCCGACGAAGAGACGGUUGACGAUUCUAAACCUGGUCUUUGCGCUCGCCUCAAAAUUCGCCCAAUUGGUUUCAAAGCCAUGGGUGGGGGCUGACAGUCCGAUGGUCUGCUUUACCAGGGCGCGGAAGCUGAGCUUCACCGAAAGCCAGCUUCUUGAGCAUCCUAACCUUCAGCAGGUCCAGGUUGAGGGGCUGACGGCAUUUUUUCUGAUGGCUAUAGGCCAUAUCAACCGCGCUUGGCGAGCGUGUGGCGUUUCCGUUCGGUCUGCGAUUGCUCUGGGCGUCAACCUUCGCAGUGAAAGCAAGGAGACAUCAAACUUAUCCAAGGAAAUCCGGUACCGGGUGUGGUGGUCAAUCUACACGUUGGAAAAUACUCUGGCCAUUCUGACAGGUCGACCCACGAGUGCUCCGGAUAAGUACAGCACGACACCGUUGCCAAUCCCGUUCGAUGAAGAACAGUUCCGCGAACCAGCAGCAUCGCGGUUGCUCGCAGACUUUGCGGCCCGCAUCGAGUAUAUGCAGGCUCUAAGCUCGCAGCGAGGCAAUUCUUUCUACUUCUUCUGCUUUGUAGAUCUCACUGUGAUCAUGCGGCGCGCGAUUGACUCGCUGUAUAACCCUGGCUUCGCCAGAAAGCCGUGGUUGACUAUUAGUGCAUCCAUCAUGGAUCUGAUUCAAGAAACGGACGAAUGGCUUAGUCGUGUCCCACCUGCGUUCCACUUCAAAAUCCACCGUUCUUCGACUCAUUUCGAGCGACAGAGAUGGAGUCUAGCAUUUCGGUAUUAUAGUCUGCGUAUUACACUCAGCCGGCCGUCUCUGUGUCGAUCCGAAAGACAGCGUGCGCCUAACGAAGCAUCGGCACUCAGUCAGCAGCGGAUUUCCCGUAUCUGCAUCGACUCGGCAUGUGAAUUGUUGGAUUCAUUGCCUGAUAAGCCCGACGCAUUCUGGCUAGUCCAGGUUUCCCCAUGGUGGUGUGUUCUGCAUUACCUCAUGCAGUCGGUUACUGUCCUCCUCAUCGAGAUGGAAUUCUGCGUGCGGUUUCAUGCGGACGGCGCUUCCCACAUUACCGUACAUUUAGAGAAGGGACUAGAUUGGCUGUACAACCUAGGAUCGAUCAGCGUCCCUGCGAAACGAGCUUGGGAGGUGUGCAACAGCAUCUACAACCGCUUGUUAUUCGGGACAAACCUUCGGGCUACGGUAUUGUCAGACCAGCGGAUGUUCUCGUCAGGACAAGAUUCGCGCGCCUCAAUAGCUGCUCAGCCAAUGAUUCCACCGAGUCGCGAGGCAGCUGGGUUCAUGGAGGGUGCUGCGUUCACCGAGAAGUACAUGAAGUUGCCACAUAACAUGACUGUCCAUCCCGCUAUCGAGACGCCCUACGACGAGAUUCCGCUUGCAAAUAAUUUGACCUAA